AUGCGUAAGCGGGACUCCCGUGGUGCGAAAUUGGACGGCGCAGCGGAUAUCAGCGGGUCGUAUUACAACCAGUAUUUUCGCCACAUGACUGUUGGAUUCUCGGGAACAGCAGCGAGCCCGCAGUGGACCAUUCCACCGUCCGUUGACUGGACGUCCCGCAUCCCGUCUGCCCUUCUCGCAGCCAAGAACCAAGGCUCUUGCUCUGCAUGUUGGAUCUUCGCCCCAGCGGCUGCGGUGGAAGCAGCCUACGCCAUCGCCUACAAUCUCGCCCCACCAAACAUAUCCGAGCAGAAGGCGAUUGACUGCCAGGGCACGUGGUCGUGCGACGGGGGCAAGCCUGACGAUGCGUUCAACUACAUUGCUGCCAGCGGCGGACUGCCUACGGCGGAUAGUUAUCCUUACACGGGCAUUCUCAACUCCGCCACGUGCAAGGUGAAUGACCAGAUCUCUGCUCGCUUUCGCGUCCGUCGCCUCCUUUCCACCGAAGAUGCCACCACCACUGCCAUUACUGUCCCUGCCCACCACUCCCGUAUGCUCGCUAUCUACAAGCCCGCUGGCGCGACCCCGGUUCCUGCCACGAUGCCAUCCGCCCCCUACUCCAUCUCCAUGUUUGAAAGCAUCGGCGUGUCCGGGUGGCUCGGAAUCGCGCUCGCCGUCCAACGGCAACCUGUUGUGGUUUACAUUGAUGCGCGCGCGGACUCUUUCAAGGCGUACACUGGCGGGUUUGUGUAUAAUGACCCCAACUGUUACAGCUCGGGGAUUGUCGACCACCUGGUGGUCGUCGUGGGGUUCAACAUGAUAGAUGCGGUGCCUUACUGGAUCGUCCGUAACUCAUGGGGCCCCUCGUGGGGCGAGAACGGCUACAUGAGGAUUGCGAUUGCAGGCGGCGCGGGGAUCUGUGGGAUGAACACGAUGCCCGGCCUCUACCCCGUAAUUACCACCCCUGAUCCAUGCAAGCCCAUCAAUCCGUGCGGCGGGGGCACCUGCACUUCCACUCCGACCAACAAGAGCCAGCGCAACAAGUGCACGUGCCCUGCUGGUUUCAUGGCUGUUACCAACCUCGACAAGACGCAGACAUGCGCCCUUGCCAAGGUGUGCACAUUCUUUGUGGUCAACCCAUGCGGCUUCGGCACAUGUGUUGAUGACGGCAAGGGCAGUUACACCUGCCUCUGCUCCUUGGGUUACACCCUCGGGUCUCUCACCGAUGGCACCCCCACCUGUGUGCCGGGUUCACUUGUGUCCAAGGUCGUGCUGCCUGUCGCCAUGUCCUGUGGCUUUGUCCGCACUACCUACCAGCUUUCCAAGAAGGAUUUUGUGGCCCUCAACCCGGUUAUAGUGGGGUAG